UUCCGCUUCCCCUUUCAAGCUGGCAACAGCAGUUUAAUGAGGACAGAGAGAAAGGUGCAGUAUGCAAUAUGAUACUUUCUCCCUGUCCCCACCUCAAUCCCGCUCCCUGGGAAGGGCUUGGUCCAGCUUUGGUAACCGCUUUGCCUCAAACUCAGCUCUCUACCAGCAGACAGGACAGCAUCAGUGUGGCAGGAGGCCCUGAAGUCUGAACCAGGGCCAUGGAGGGCUCUGUGCUGAGCCCCACAUCCUGGGAGAAACGGCGGGCCUGGCUCCGUCAGAGCCGUCACUGGCAGACCCAGAUCCUGGAAGAGGAGGCUGCAGCUGCCCUGCAGGAUGUCCCAGAUCCUGAGCCUUCCAGCCUGGAUGAUGUUUUCCAGGAAGGGAAUCCAGUCAGCAAGAUUGAGGACUGGCUGCAGGACUGUGGAUACUCUGAAGAAGGAUUCUUUGAGGAAGCAGGACAGUCAAUCUACAAUGGGUGCCCCAGCCAUGGAACCAGCUUUGAAGAUGACUUGACCCUUGGAGCAGAGGCCACACUGUUGGCCACCAAUGGCAAACUCUUCUCCAGGUGUUUCCUGGAGACAGCCCGGCCCUGCCAGCUACUCGAUCUUGGUUGCAGUCUGGCUUCUAGCAGCAUGACUGGUGGGACCAACAAGACUAGUUCAAGCAUCUCUGAGAUUCUGGACAAGGUGCAAGAAGAUGCAGAAGAUGUCCUCUUCAGUUUGGGCUUUGGCCAAGAGGACCACAAGGACACAUCUAGGAUUCCUUCCCGAUUUUUCACCACCCCCUCUCAGGCAAAAGGCAUUGAUUUCCAGCUCUUCCUGAAGGCCCAGGUGCGGAGGAUUGAGAUGGAGGACCCUUGCCUCAUGCUGGCCAGCAGGUUCAAGCAGGUGCAAACACUGGCUGUCACUGCCGAUGCCUUCUUCUGUCUCUAUUCCUAUGUGUCUAAGACACCUGUCCAAAAGUUCACACCAUCCCACAUGUUCUGGAAUUGCAACCCAACUGAUGUGCCAUCCAUCAGGAUUCUGGCUCCAGAAGCUGAACCUCAUUCACCCAGAGAGCGCCUCCGGAAAGCCAUUUCCAAAAUGUGCCUGUAUACAUGCCCCCGAGAUCGGCUCUCACCACCCCCUAAUACUCCCAAAAGGAAUAGUUUGGACCAAGUGGUGUGGGAAGUGAUGGACAGAGUGAGAGGAGAGAAGCUGGUCCUCCAGCAAGACCCUGGGUUUGGGCCUGGCUCACAGGAAGAUCCUGUGCCCCCCAUCAAGGGUACAAAGCUGCCCACUUCCUCCUGUCCAUGUGUCCUCUGCCCUAAAGAGGAUGGACAGCAGGGGAUGUCCAUAGUGCAAGCAUCAUCACGAACUCUGGAUUUUAACCCCAAGGCACCUUGUUGCACACAUUCUCUAGCCAGAGCAGAUCUACAGUGGAGCACAGACUCUGCACAGGUAAAGAGAGAGCUGUGGGGUCUACAGGCCACCAAUAAGGAAGCCCAUUCAGCCAAUGAUGAGACUUUCUGGAAAAGGAAGAGCAGAGCAAGAAAGAGCCUGUUUCAGAAGAAUUCCAUGGGCAGGAAGGCUAAGUCUUUAGACCUGUCCGCCGUCCAGCAGAAAUGGAAGCAGAGUCAAGAGAGACCAGAACUGCACCAAUCUCUAACCCAGCAACUGCGGGACACUUUUGACUCAGAGGAGGUGCAAAACAACAGUGAAGAGGAGGAGAGCUGUUGGCCCAGUGGACCCAGACACCCCCACAUCUACCAGACUUUUUCUGGCAAAGACUCAGGAAGCUUCCUCCGCCACCACCACAGCACAUGCUCUGACAGCAGUGGCUUCACAGAAGAGCCUAAUUCCCGCCUCUUCUUAAAGGAGGUUGUACAGCCUCCAGCAUCCAGCUCCUGCUCCCUGGCCCUACAAACUGCUGAACUCAGCGGGAGAAAGGCAGCAUGGUACACUGGAAGGAAGACCAGCCUGAGAGACUUGGAAUUGACGUCUGACGCUGUUGUAAACUGCACACACAGAGAAAGACCCUAGGCAUGUCCCUUCAUUUCUCUGCACAUUGGUUUCUCUACUAUGUGGGUAUUGAAACACAUGAUAUGGACAGUGGUGAACUGGAAAAAGAGUUAAUUUUCUCCCAAACUUUGUCACUGCCUAGGGCAGUUAGAGAAUUUAAGUAUGAUCAAGUUUGAGGAACAAGGGUUGCUACUGGAAUACUCUCAAAGGGCUCAAGCUAGGUGAGGAAGGAGAAAUCCCACUUUCAGGCUCUGAAACCUUGGUGCAACCUGCAGGGGUACUCCCUCUGAGCCUCUACAGAGCCCUAUGUGCCCCCAGUUAAAUUCCAGGAAGUCCUUCCCAAUACCACACUCCUGUUUGUCUUCUUGAGGCCUCAUCUGAGGAGAUCCACUUCGAGCCUCCCCCUUAAAAAUCAGCUUCUCCCUCUAUCCCAAAUUUUGUAUCUUCCUAGGAAAAGAGAUGAGUGGAAUUCAGGAUCCCUCCUCUUGGCCACUGCAAAAAAGUUCACAGUAUUUUCUGCUGGCAGAAAACAAUACAAAUAAAACUAUUUUUAAACCUUGG